AUGUUGUCACAGACUUUACGAGCGCUUGUGCUUGGGUUGUCCGUACUAUCUGUCUCGGGUGCGGCGGUGGAGAGAAUCGUCCCCCCAGCCGAGGGCGGAACACCGUACCUCCAGCGCCGUGUCCCAGCGCUCGCCUCGACCGAUACGAGCGGCAUCACUUCCCUCGCCACAGUCGUCGACCAGAAGACCGGCGCAGACGUUGACGAGCUGCCUGACCAACCUGUUCCUGAAACUGUUGUAACUGCUGUGGAUGGGAAGGUUACCGGUUUGAAACGGGGGUCUCGAAGGACCCGGACUCGGCAUGGAGGUCACGGUGUUGGCGGAGGUGGAGGGAGGCGGCCUAGAUCGUUUGGAAAGAGGGGUGUGGAGGAUUAUUGGACUGUUUUUGAGGGGACGGGAACGGGCAGGGCGGAUCGUGAUGCUUCGAUCCAGGGUACGGCGUAUUUGACGCAUACACUCGUUUCAAAUGCUACGUAUAACGUCGAGGCUUGUUUGGACUUUUGUUCGCGCGUUGAGGGGUGUGUCUUCGUCAACCUCUUCUACGAGUUCAACAACUAUGGAUUGGACUUUGAGGCGCGUGAGAAGUCUAACCUCAAGUGUACGGCGUAUGGAGACGUGCAUACUGCCCAGGAGAAAACGAAUUGGGGGAGGCAGCAGAGUUAUCCUGCUCCGGCGCCUUUGAUUUAUAUCCAGCAUAGUUCGGGGUACGCGUUGAAGACGCUUGAAGACCCCGGUGUGCCUGAUGGCUACGAGUUGGUGUUCGAGGGGGAGAAGGCUAAUGAGGCUCCUGGGUAUCUUGGUUUCACGCUGUUGGAUAAGUAUGAUGUCCAUGCGUGCGCGAAGCAGUGUAAUGAGCAUGCGCCUCACCCCGAUGGAGGGUCGUGCCAGUACUUCAAUAUCUGGCGGGCGGUCGUGAACGGUGUUCCGAGUACCUAUACAUGCGCAUUGUACUACCUCCCCACAGACGAAUCCACUGCGACUUUCCCCGGCACGGACGACCUCGCUGUAACCUUCUCCCGUGGGUACAAGCGCACCAACUUUGUCAUUGACGGCGGCUUCGAAGAGUACGCAGCCGUUUCGUGUGGACCGUUCUGCUUCGCCGAGUCGUACGCGCACUGGGUCGGGACGUCCUCACCUGGUGGAUAUGCGGAUGCCAGUAUCUUCCACCACCCCACUUACGCUCGUUCCGGGGAGACUGUCGGCCUUCUUGGAAGCGCUGUAGGCUCCGACCCGCUUCCUGGAACGCUCAGUCCAGCGAAACCCCUUGAGACGAGAGCAGGGAAAGAGUACGAGGUUACCUUCUGGCAGAAUAGUGCGUAUAGUGGACCCACCUAUCAGAAGGAUGCGUGGUUUGAGGUUGUGUGGAAUGGGGAGGUUGUGUAUAGUGAGAAACCGGGCUUUAGUGACUGGAAGUUUGUUAGUGUUAGGGUUAGAGCGAAGGGCGGGGAUGUGCUUGGGAUUAGAGGUGGGAAGGCGCCUGCGUGGACUUUUGUGGAUGAUGUGGCUGUUUGGUUGGUCUAG